ACAACGUCGACGUUUUGUUUGCCAGUGUAAGCAGUCAAAUACGCACCACUGUGUGUGCAAACCCGAUCGAAAUUUAUCGAAGGCAAAUUUCUUUUUCAAAUAAGUCUCGUAUUGUUAGACAGCAGAUCGCAGCAUCAUCUAGCUCGUCAACAGCUGAUUGCGUGUCUCGACUGCUCCCGAAAGGUCCAAACGCAACACAAUUAAGCCUCUAUGCUCCAUUAACGGAAAAUAAACAUUCGUGUAGUGACGGCAGGUUGAUAUUUUGGCGAACUUUAAGCAUCAACUGAAAGUUAUGAUAAUGAAGAUCCCAGAUGAUAGCAAUAAGAGCUACAAUGGACACGAGUCAUCUAGUCCAUAUAUGUCUGACAGCUCUGGGAAUGGAGAUGAUGUUGACCCUCCAACAAUGGAUGGAGAUUUCUCUGAAUACUUGUGGAUGGAGCAUGAAGAAGAAUUUGAUAAACAGGUAAUGAAGGAAUUAGAAGAACAAGAACUCAUGCAGCAGUGUGUCCAAGCAAUGCUUGAAGAUGAGCGUGAAAUUUACAAUAUCCAUAACCAGAUUGCAUCACCACCCAGUAGCCAGCAGUGGAGUACAGCAACCAACUGCAGUCCUGCUCUUAUCAAUAAUUUGCCUGAUCUGUGCCAAGGAGUUGAAAACUUGCAAGUCAGAGAUAAUCUUGUGAAACAUAGCACAUUGAAUCCAAAUGCUGCUGAAUUUGUGCCCCGUCGAAGGCCAACUCGACUUGCUGGUCCAGCUUCCUACCUGCCAAAAAAUUCUUAGAAUUGUCAUCAUAAACUAUAAACUGAAGAUAAUUUGGUAGGCUGUGAAAAUGUGUUUGAGUUAAGGGGGAAAUUCAUAUUUUUUCUAUUCUUUUGUUUCUCUCCUUUCUUUUUCCUCUUCUCAAGUUCAUUCUUUGUAAUUUUCUUUCUUUUAUUUUGACUUCCAAAUUUCCAAUAAGCUUUUUUUUUUUUUUUUUUUUUUUUCCCUCCUCUCCCCCAUGAGUUUUUCAGACCUACCUUUUUAUAUUUCUUUUAUGUUUAGUUUCCUUCUUCUCUUGUAAAUUUGUUUAUUUCCUUUAUUCAUGUGCUAUUAAAUUUUGGACAUGUACUGAUCACCAACAUCUGUCUGGUAAUGUGUGUUGUAAUUGUACAUGUUUCAAGUAUGCAAGAUUGUGUGCUUACAGGGAAUCACUAGUUGAGCAAUGUUAUUGAUAUUCAUGGUAAAUUAAAACAACAACCAGGUUUGCAAAAUGAAAGAAAAAUGUGUAUUACGAAGUCAAUGCUUUGCUUAGAAAGCUUACAUUGAAUAAAUUGCAGCUAAUUCGUGAAAUACCUUUCACUGAAUAAAUUGCAGUCAAUGACAUAUUUUCCAAUUACAAAAAUGUAUGAAAAUAUUCACAAAUUGAUAUAAAACGAAAAGUCAGCAUGCACACAAUCUGUGGGAAUAUCUCAAAUUAUUUGCAAGAAAGGGAGAGAGAGACAGAAAGAGUGCAAGAAAUUGAAAGAAAGUUAGAAAGGAAGGGAAAUAAUUGGUGAGAUAGAGAGAGACAGAAAAUUAGAAAAAUCAAUUGCAAUGGAAUGUACAUGCUCAAAUUGGGUUGUGACUGCAGAAUGAAUGUAUUGGCUUCACUGUUCAAGAGAAUGAGAUAAAUGUAAUUCAUUAAGUCUCGAACUAAUACUAUAUGCACAGUGUAAUUACUAGGUUUUUGAUAAUUUUCUUUCAUGGGAUUUAGUUAUGUUAUUUCUUAACAUCACUGUAACAGGCUAACAACAUCCCAUUAACUAUAGACAUAAGCAAAGUAAUAUCAGUCCCUAAAAGACUGAACUAAAAUAAAAAUAAAAUGUAUGUAAUUCUGGAUUGACCAUAAUAUUUGGUUAUAAAAUGGCCAAUUCCCUUCGAUUUUUCCUUAUUCAUUCAUAUUUUUCAGGUAAAGUUCUGUUUGAAAACUUUGUUGAGAUAUAAAUGAAAUAAAUCUUCAAUUGUAUAUUUGGAAGGAAUUAAAAAUAAAUGUAGCUGUAUAUUAAGGAGUACAGGAUAUCAAAUCAGAAGAACACUAAAAUUCAACAAAUUUGUUGCAUGACAAGAGAUCUUAUAAAUAAUUUUAGUUUUUGAUGCUCACUUCAGUGAAAAUGAAAUGCUAAAAAUGAUCUGCUGAAUAGUCUACAAUUUUAUUGGUACAGUUUCCAAACUCAUUAAAUUAUAUAUGUAAUAGUUGGAUAGCAAUAUAUUGUUCUACAAUUUGUGUCCUUUGAAUGAAAAUUUCAUUUGUGCAUGUGAUAUUCAAUUUUGUUCAAAUAGUUUUGAUUGACAACUCCAAGUUAAUGAGGAAAUGUGACAUUUAUGACAUCAUGUGUUUUUCUUCGCAGUAUUAGAAUAAAUAGGAUAUGAUUGAAAUUUAUUGAGUAAAUGGAAUAUUAUAAAGCACAUAUGAGAAUUGGCAACAUGUCUCAUGAUUACAUCUAGAACACAAUUGUAUUGAAAUAGUUUGAAACUGUCCAAGGAAAUUAUAAUGUACCUGGAUAUGCUGCAUCUACAAGUUUUCAUCCUAAAAUUAGAUUGCAUGAUGAUUAUAUGUUUAAAAAUUUGAAGUGAUUAUUUGUAAAACAAAACAACUUAUUGAAAACUUGGGAGUAUGUCAACAUGUUACAUUGAUUGUAAUGAGAAAUGAAAUGUUUCAUGAAAUUGUGAUUUUAUGUUUCAUUCACAUUGAAAAAGAAUUCUUGACUGAAUACUCUGCAGCAAGACACAUGUGGUAUGCACACCCAUAAACGAAGUUUCUCCCCUGAGCCUAUAUACUAUAUUUCUGUUUUCCUGUGGUUCGUAAUGAAAUAAUGCCAGAGACUUCAAAUGCAUAGCAUAUAAAAAGACAAAUGUGGGGUUGUGUACUUCUCCAAUCUUUUUCCUUUACCAAUAGAAAACACAGUAUGUUUUGUUUACCAUAGGGCUCCGAUUAUUGAUAAGUAUUUCAAUUAAAUAGAAGUUGGAUUGUAAUCGGAUGCGAGUGAAAAAUUAUUAGACUUUGCUGUUCUCUGGGCCAUAUUAUUGGCAGUGUCAAAUAUUCAGUUCUAGAACAAAGGGAAGAACCCUUUAGAUUCUUUCAUGGUUUUAUGACUGUAUUCAGAUAUUUUGCAAGUGUUGUACACUUACAAAACAUUUUUGGACAUUGUUCAACACAUUAACAAUUUUUGUGAUGACUUAAUUUACUUUCAUCAACAGUGAGGAACACUUGAUGACUGACUGAAUUACAGCCCAAAUGGGUAUUAUAACAAAAUAUGUGCUGAAAUUGAAGCCAAAUGAAUUAGAGGUGAAAAUUAUCACUAAAUCAUAGAAGGCAAGCCUUCCAUUUGAUAUACGAUCAUUAGCUUGGGAUUGGAUAAUUUUAUGCUGCACAUGCUAUAGGAUUGUUUGCACAGAUAUUCCUCACAGAGCUAGGUUGGAGAAAAUAAUUGAUUUCUUAAAAUUAAUAUCAGGAGUUCGUUAUUUUAUAUGCUAGAAAACCAAUAAUUUGAUCUUAUUUCUGAAAUUUAAGGAGUUUGUCAACAGGGCUGGGAUUUGUAUGUUAUUGCAUAUUUGUUUCUUAAUUAGUUAAAAUUGAACUUCUGAAAUUUAAUUAUUAAUUAGUACUUUUUAAGUUGGGUACUUGGAACAUUUGAUUAUCCAUAUUGGUUCCUAUUUCCAGAAGCAGUACUUACUUUAAAAUAAUAAAGGAAAAUUCUCCUAUCCUCACAUAUUUCAACUUUUGAUUGCAAUAUGCUCCAUAUUCUUUUAAAAUGAUUCAUGGAAGAUUAUUUUUAAUUUUUAGUUCUAUUUUACUAAAUGAAUUGGUUUUUGUUGCAAAUCUGGAUUUAACUCUGCAAGAUCUUGUGAGAUUCAUGAUUGUCCCUAAUUAUCUUCUGAUGUGAAGUGGAGUUUCAGCAAAUACAAAGCAAUUGUGAGACAAAAGAAUUUCAACAUUUAAAACAAUGCUUUGUAACCUAUUGCUUUGCCAGAAAAGGGUUAAGGAAUUUGCUUUCAGCAACAUAUCAAUUUCUAUUUUAGUGAAAUUAACAAUUAAAUAUGGUACUAUAGCUAAUAUUGUAACUUAAGAUAUUUAGAAGUUUCAUUUAUGCAAUUCAAUUGUUUAAUUCAUUCAUUAUUUUUUCCAUGUUUAUUCGGUUUUUAGUCCGUAUAAAUGUAAAUGUUUAGAUACAUAUUAUCCCGUAUAAAUCUGAGCCCUGUUUCAGUAAUUCAUGAUAGUGUCUAAAUAAAAUUUCCCAGCCAAGCAAUUAUGUAUAUUUCUUUUCAAAAUCUGCAUUGUUUUGUUUAAAGAAUGGCUAAUCAACCUGAUGAGUUUGGCAUUAAGUUUUGAAUGUUACUUUAAAGUCAAGCAAAUGUCGUAUGAAUGGGUUUCCUUCCCUAGGAAUAGAGAUAGUGUGGUGAGACAUCUUGAUUCUUAAGAAAUGUCUUGUCAUAAUGUGUUCAGUGCUGUUUUGUGAGGUGAAUACCUUGCCAAGAAGGAAAAAUAAAUUAUAAAAAUUGUUAAUUUUUCAAAUUGAGAUACCAUCCUAUUAAAAAAAAAAAAUUAAAAAUACUAUACUGCUGAACACAAUUUUGUGUCAACUUAAUGUCAUGGCAAUGCAAAACAACAUAAGUGGUACAACAUAGAACCAAAUUUCUUAUAGUACAUGUAAAUAAUUUUAUAAAAUUGUCUUGAAAUUGAAGAUAACUUGCAAAAUGAGAUUACAGUCAUUCACAACUUAAAGAACACAGUGUUGGGAGAGGGCAAUAGGUGAUAAAUAUUGGGAAUGUGUGGUCAUGUUUAAAUUUAGAUUUUUCUGUAAUGGCCAAUCACAUUUGGGUCGAAUUCAUCUCCUGCCUUAUAAAAGGAAACAUUUUAAUUAAUUUGUGAACGUCCUUCUCAAUGGGUCUCGUGGCCUCAGAAAUGGACUUACCACUGCUAAAAUGAUUCAUUUUAAAAGGCAGGAGGUGUAACAAUGAUCUAAUGUCAGCGGUCACUAUAGAAAAUUCGAAGUAUAGAGGGAAGUUAUUUUAUUUUAUUUCUUUUGUACUUGGGAGCUCCAAAAUUUGUACUUCUAUCAAAAUUUCAAAAUAAAAUGUACUGUACUUUUUCUAUAGUAUUAUGUAUAAGAGAAUAAAUUCAUUUAAAUUUUAACCUACAAUUUUCGACAUGUGUAAAAUGAUGCUUAAUGCUGUUGAAUUCAACAUCUCUGUAUUCUAAGAUAUUAAUACAUUUGACAAAAAUGGCAAGGUUCAUCACUGAAAAAAGUAUAUUACUUAAUUAGAGAGUUAUGUCCUUGAUUUUGAAGCUGAUAAUUCCUGGAUUUAUAUGAAUUCUUGUAAGUAUUGGGAAAAAGCUUGUGUAACGAGUGAGUGAAAUAUUAAGUCUCUUCUUGAUCAUACCUGUGAAUCAUGUGUGCCUCAGCACAUUCAAAUUACAAGUCUUUUAUAAAUGAACACAGCAUCACAGUUAAAAUGCUUAAAUAUAACGAUAGUGCUGGCAUCAGAAAUGUACAGGUUUGGAUCAAUAUCCAACUACAAGGACAAGAUUGUAUCAGGCAACAUGCAGAAUGGGUAUUUUCACCUUGUGAAUGUGUCAUGGUUGGUUUCUCUUACAAUUGUACAUCUAUUCGGAACACCCCAUUCAUAUUCAUUCAUAACUCGCUCACUUCUUAUGAUCGUGAUUACAUAUACAGGAAAGGGAAGGACAUAAGCACUCCCUCAUCUAUGCCAGAAAUGAGUACUGUACAAAUACAAAUAUUGUAGACAGUUUAAAAAAAAUGUCAUUCCAGUGAGUAAAAUUUAUUCAUGCAUUCAGGAAAUGUGGGAGUAUCAACAAACAUCUGAUACACUUGAUUUCCAAAACUAAGCAAUAUAGUUCUUACAAUUAAAGGUUCUUAUACCCCAAAUUGUUGAUUUGAUUCAUUAUUUUGUACUCCCAUGUAAAGCAUGGGUGUUUUUAGCUUGUGAUUUGUGUUGUGGUUGGUUUCUCUUACAAGUGUGUAAGAGUAUUGUUUUUUCACUCUUCAAACAUCCAUUUUGUAUUUAACUUUGUUUUAAUGCCGAUAUUCACUUAAUUAACAAAUAUUUCUCAGAUGUAGAUUACACUGUAUUCUUUUUGAAAAUUACCUGCAGUUUUUUUAUUAUUAAAAUGGGUAAUUUAUAUCAAUCAAAUUUCAGGUUAUCAAUGUAUAGUUGGCUUUUAUUCUGCCCAUUUCUGGAGUAUGCUGAACUAUGCACUUCUGAACCACACGUGGGAGCGUAUUGCUAUGUAUAUUUCAUAUUUAAUGGAGCAAUUGUUAUAAAAUUAGUCUUCAUUUUGUAUUCACUAUAACUUACCAUUGGAUUUAUUCUUUGUGAUGCCAUAGAACUAUAUGUAAGCUUUGGCUCUUCCAAAUUGAGAGCUGAUUAAUAAUGAAUUUCAUAUAUAUCACAACUUUGCAAGAAAAUUUCUAGGACUUAAUUUUCAUUGGUAAGGGCUAGUUGACUGAUUUGAGUCAUCACCUAAUAAAUAAAUAAUUUUUUAAUUCAUUGACAAUUAGAUUUCUCAAAUAUCUCUUGGAA